UGCCAGACUGUCAGGUUCCGAACUCCUGCAGGUUGCACUUGUGACUUGUCUUGUCACUUGUCUUCUGAGCCUUUUGUGCUUUUCAUUUGCAAAUCCAGGAAGCUGCGAUUUCGGAUUCUUUUGUAAUUUUGUUCCUGUAACAGCAUGUAUAAUUGAGUUGUUUUAAAUUAGGUUUUUCAGUGAUUUUGUGCAGUUGUUUGUGGGUUUCUGGUUUGAGCAGGAGGGUUAACAGUCCGGGUUUCAUGUUGGACAGACGCGAGUGAUUCUGGUGCCAGCUGUUCCGUGUUCGUUGAUGUUUUUGUUGACUUCUUUCGUAUUCAUUAACGCCUUACAACGGAAUAAUGCCUAGGCGAUAUCCAACUCGUGCCAUUACCCUCGCGCCAACAGUCAUGCAAGAACAGGCCGUAGACCACGUUACUUUGGAAAGAGCAGCCAUGCAAGAAGGGACGAAAGCCACAUCGCGUCCCAAAAGCCAACGUUCUACGGUGUCCGAUAAAAGCGGGCCCUCGGUUGGUUCAUCCACGGAGAAUUACCCGUUAGCAGCCACAAAGAAGCGAACGAAAGCGGUUCCUGGUAGAGCGACAACGGUCGUGGCCGCAGCGUCGUCUGCCCAACCGGGUAUCACGAAGGUAGUUAUUCCAGUCAAGGUUUUCCCGUCGUUAACUGUUGAGCGGAAUCCGUUACACAGUGCUGCGGAGCAGCUCACCAGAGAUGCGCCCGAUGAUUCCAGUGUGGUUGUACAGGAUCCAUCGCAGAUACCAGUCCGCCGAGGCACGCGUAUGCGUGCACAGACAGUAUUUUAUGGUUUCGAAGAUGCCGCGAUACCGCAUUAUGGUAGUCAGAAGAAUCGGCCUAACCUCAAGCGACAACAGAACGUUGGUGCACCAGUACUAUCUGCAGGAAAGCGGACCACGGCAAAAAGUCGCACUGGAGCCGUAGUGGAGUUGGAUGAUGCUGUCGUGCCCUCGAGUAACUUAAAAUGUACUGCUCCGAGAACGACUGGGACUGUGGAUGACGUUGGACUGAAAUCAUCAAAAGAGAAGUCAACGGCAAGAAAAGAUUUUAAACGACGGAUGAAGGCAGCUAAGUCCCGCGCGCACACGGUGACGGCAAGCAAAGUUGAUAUUGAAUCGGACGACGAGAUUUUGGCUCAUCAUGCAAGAGUUGCACCGAAUGCGACAGCGUACUUACCAAAUCAGCUGCAGAAGGAAAUACCCGUUAUAACUUUGGAAGAUGAGCCGAAUGAAACCACGGAUGUUGCGAAAAAAUUAGCGAGCGCCAGGCAAAAGCUCCCGACACAGGCGCUCCAGGUGGUAGUGCGGGAUACUGCAAUGUCUCGUACAAAACGACGGAAGCCGUCAGGUGAUGUGACCGAAAUAACUUCACCGACUUCGAAGAAGGGCAGACAUUUUGUUUCUCCGGUCAUCGCGGUUACGGUAAAUACCCCGCGUGCCACUACCAACGCUAGAAAUGCAGCAAAAGGUAGAAAAGAACGGCAGCGUGCGAUUACACUUGCCUGUGUACCGGACGAGCAUCUCAAAUCAGGUAAACCAUCACGAAAGUCAAAGAGAGGUGAACCAUCGAAGAACCUCGUGGGACAGAAGCCGGAUUUCCAGCAACCGAUGAACAAAAAGCGGACAGAAGUCACUCGCCGGAAUAAAGGUGCAGUGCAGACCGGUGUGGAAAAAGAACGGUUCGCUGAAGGAGAGAGCACUGGCAUAGCUGCCAGAAUUAAGCUGCGCCAGCGAUAUGUGCCAGAUUUCGCAGCUUUUUCGAAGAACAUCGGUGCGAUUCCAAGGCAAGUGAAACGACCAGUGCGAAGAAAGGUGACACGGAAGCUGGAUGCGGGAUCGUUUGUUACUCACAAACCAACCCGAACAGCGCCCGUCAUGCGUCUCACGAUACAACGAAAGCCGGUGGAGAUCAACAGCAGGCAAAAGAAACCUCGUAGCAGUGUGGAAAUUGCACCCAAACUCAUGCGGUUAAGCAUGGAAGGCAGCGGGGGAAUUCAACGUGACUCCUUCGGCUUUCUUAAGUGCAGUGUGAACCACGUUAUCAAGAAAAAGUAUCUCAUUCUCGAAACUCUUGGUACGGGUACGUUUGGCAGCGUGAUGAAGGUACGGGAUGUUUUUUCUGGUCAGCGCGAUGCAUCCCCUCUGGCACUUAAGAUUGUCCGCCAGGAUUUCCAUGAAGCUGCCAUCGAAGAAGUUGAGAUGCUGCAGCAUGUGGGUAGCCUACAGGGAAAGGGAAAGGAUUUAUUUGUCCGCCUCUUCGAUAACUUCGAUUACCAUGGCCAUAUAUGUAUGGUUUUUGAAGUUCUGGGAAAGAGUGUAUAUUCUGUUCUGGAGGAAAACAAAUACCAUCCAUACAAGUUGAAUCAGGUGCGGAAUAUCUCAUACCAGCUGUGUGCAGCUGUGGCCUUUCUACACAGCAGGAAGAUCGUGCAUACGGACCUGAAGCCGGAAAAUUUGCUGUUCUGCGAUUCGACGCAAGCCCAUUCUAUGGAGGACUACUUUGUGGAACGUGAUGGACUCACCCAGCUCAAAGUGAUGCGAGAUACUCGGAUUAAGCUCAUCGACUUUGGUGCUGCCGUUACGAUCAACAACGGCAAAGAACACAGAGGAAUCGUCACUACACGGCAUUAUCGCCCACCAGAAGUUGUUCUGGGCAAAAAAUGGGUGUAUCCGCUGGAUGUGUGGAGCACUGGUUGUAUAAUGUUCGAGUUAUACACUGGUGCUCCGUUAUGCUCCACUGAAGAUGAUGCAGAGCAUCUGGCAAUUAUGGAAAGAGCAUUGGGCCCGUUGCCUAAAUCCCUGACUGCAAACUCAAAAUUGUAUUCGUCCGGAAAACUCAAAUGGAAUCCCAGUAAAGAAAGCGAGGGAUACAAAUACGUAAAAAACAAUUGCAGGCCGUUAAAUGACCAUGUGCGCGAUGAGGACAAGAGUGAUAGAGAUGUGUGGAGUCUGUUUUAUUUGAUCGAGAGGAUGCUGAAAUAUGUACCGUAUGAACGCGUUGAGGCGUCCAUUGCAGCCGGCGAUAGUUUUUUCGAAGCAGUUGAUCCGGAUAUCAGACAUUGGUGCAACAUUCAGCAUUUUGACAUUUGAUUACUUAACUUUGGUAUGGUUUUAUUUACGGAUACCAGAUGUCCAUAAUCGGCGGUGUAAAAAGUUUUAUUGAUGCAUUCAGAUUACUCGUAAUGAGGAUUUCGCUUAGUUUUUCUCAUAAUAAGGUCUGGACAGGUGAUGUUUUAUCUUGUUAAAAGUCAAAGAAUUGUGUUCCGCUUGGCGUUUUUGUUGACAUGGAUUAGUCAAAUGCACAGUUUACGGAUUUUUUUAUGAAGAAUCCUUUAUGGUUGAUUUUCGCAAUCAAUGUAUGAAAUCUCUGUAUUGAGCGUGUGCGAAUGAAAUGAUGACUGAAUACUGAAUAAAGUUACACU